CGACAGUUGGGCUCGAGCGCGGCCUCCCGGCUGGCCGCAAACGCUGCACCUGGUCACUGCGCAGGCGCGGGGCGUGCACUUCCCGCUUCCUCUGCGCGGAACCCGACCCCCUCCCCCGCUCUGUUCUCGUCAGCCUCGGACACUUAACCUCAAAGAUUCAGGCGCGAAGACACUGCUCCACACACCGGGGAACGCAUCGGGGACGCGGGCUCGGCGCGCCAUUGUNUGUGCACAAAGCCAGUCCCCUUGCAAACACACCUGUCCAGGUACACACGCCAGGUGGGCUUCACCUGGGCACAGGCGGAUACUAUCAUGCCUUAUCAUCUCUCACACAAGAACGCACACACUGAACACCCAAAAAACAUCCAGAGACCCUGGGGCCGCCGGCCCCUCCGCGAACAGAGACACGUUCAGUUGGCCAACAAUGGAGAUGAACUGGUGUGUGCAUUCGGGAGCCUGGGCUCUGGAGAGAGGGGCAGGUAAUAAGCGAACACUAAGACGCGCGAAGCGCUGUGAAGUUACGUCGCUGGGGGACGGGGACGGAAGGAGGUGCGAUGGGACUCAGGGAAGAAGCUGGGAGAGGAGCUGCGUUCUGCACAGGGACACUGGCACCCGCAAGGCCGCGGAGGCUGGAAACCUCUGGACAUGUUUGCCGACCGAGAAAAGGGAGUGGCGUCGCAGCAGCUCCGGAAGUGAGAAGGGCGAUCUGGGAAGGAAGCGGUCCGCAGCGCUGUACCCAGGGCCUCGCAAGUGUCUUCAUCUUGCAGCAGCGAUAAGAAAACACGUCUGUCCUACCAGACCAUUCCCAGGCCUUCAUGCCAGCAGGAAGAUUGGCUCUGGGACCUUCUCCAAAGUCUACCUGGCCUAUGCCACGCAUGAGCGCCUGCAGCACAGCCCCAAGCUGGCCUCCGACCUGCGGGGCAAGCACCAUGCCAUGGUGAGCCAGACCCAUCUCCUCCCCAUGGGUGACAGACAGCAGGAUCCAUGGGCCGCCCUUCAGCCUGGCCCUGGUGGUCCCUGUCCUGACCCCAUUGAGGCACCUCCCUGCUAUUCUGGCUCCUUCCUGGUCUGGUAUCCUCCCAAGGACCUGCAAGCCGGCCACUCCUAGUUCCAGAACCCCUUGAGCAUAUCAGGGCCAGGAAGGAAGAGAAAGGUCAGUAGAGACCCCCAAGGAUGCUGCUUCCCAGCCUCACCCCAGUCAAGUUCAGCAAUGUGCACAGAGCACAUGGGGCCUGUUCAUGUCCCCCUUCAGGGGCUGUGGUCUGCACACAAGGGCCACCCUCCACCCCUGUAGGUGGCUAUCAAGAUCAUCUCCACUGCUGAGGCCCCUGUGGAGUUCUCCCAAAAAUUCCUGCCCUGUGAGAUAGCAUCACUUAAUGCUACCUACAAGCACCUGAAUGUGGUAGGCAGAGACCCUGAAACAGCCCAUGCCCAACCUGCCCAUCCCCUGCUGCCCAGGGCCACCCCCUUUCCCACCAGGGACCCUUAUUGGGGCCCAGCCCCACCCUGAGGCCCUGAUCCAAUGCACUGGACAGCCCCUCCUUGGGUGAUAGCAGGGGGGCGCCUGGCAGGUGCAGCUCUAUGAGACCUACCAGAAUAACCAGCGGUCCUACUUGGUGCUGGAGUUGGCAGCCCGUGGUGACCUACUGGAACACAUCAAUGCAGUGUCGGAACAUCCCGGCCGCCCAGGGCUGGAAGAGGAGGCCCGCAGGCUGUUCUGGCAGCUGGUCAGUGCCGUGGCCCACUGCCACAGCUCUGGCAUUGUGCACCGGUGAGGGGGCCACGCUGCCUGCACGCCACCUGCAUCAAGAGGCCCACCUGGGCCCAGGACCAGCACCACUUCCCCUUCCCCAUGCAGGGACCUAAAGUGUGAGAAUAUCCUGCUGGAUGACCAAGGCCUCCUAAAGCUGACUGGUGAGCCUGGGGCCCAGCCCCCACCCACUUCCCUAGACUACCCUGACUCAUGACCUGAGCCUUCAACUUCUUCAAGAGGCCCAUCCCUAUUCAACUAUUGUCUCAGGCAGGACCCCAGCCACUACCCUUGCCUGCUUCAGACUUUUUCUUUAUUAUUUAUUGCUUUAAAGACUCAUUUAUUUAUUUGAGAGAGAGAGGAGGGGCAGAGGGAGAGGGAGAAUCCUGAAGCAGGCUCCCUGCUGAGCGCGGAGCUCAAUCCCAGGACCCUAAGACCAUGACCUGAGCAGAAACCAAGAGUGGACCACUCAGCCAACUGAGCCUCCCAGGCUCCCUGCCUGCUUCAGAAUUCUGACCCCAACCUGGCUUGACCUUCAACCCUCCCAGAAGGCCCAACCCCACGCUUGCCUCCACCUGUGCUUGCAGACAUCCACACACUCCACACCUGAGCCCACUGUCCCUUCCCAUCCUGCGCCUUCUGUGGUCUACUGCCUGCGUCCCCCUGGCAGACUUUGGCUUCGCCAACCGGUCGGGCCUCAGGAACUCGCUGCUGAGCACCUUCUGCGGCUCUGUGGCCUACACAGCCCCCGAGAUCCUCAUGAGCAAGAAGCACAAUGGGGAGCAGGCCGACCUGUGGAGCCUGUGAGUGGCCCCCCCAGGCACCCCAGCAUAGGCAGAACCCAUGGGAGGGCAAGAGAGAGGGCAUGCCCUGAGGCGCCUGUGCCCCCAGGGGCAUCAUCCUUUAUGCCAUGGUGACCGGGAAGCGGCCCUUCAAGGAGCGCCGGCCCCACCACAUGCUGCACCUGACGCGCCGUGGCCCCACCUCAGGCCAGGCAUGUCCCCAGGAGAGUGAGAAUACCGUGUCCCUCCCAAAUCCCAGCCUGGGCCUGGAAAGCGGGGCACCAAGAAAGACCUGGGUCCAAGAGCACCUGGGCGGCUCGGUUGGUUAAGCGUCUGCCUUCUGCUCAGGUCAUGAUCCCGGGGUCCUGGGAUGGAGCUCCUGAGUCCAGCUCCUUGAUCAGCAGGGAGUCUGUUUCUCCCUCUGCCC